AGAGACCGGAUUAUUUUCAGGUUCUUUCAAGACAAUGUAAAUACCUGCAUUCCAGCUUGACUCAUUUCUCAUCCAACGUCAGGUGAAUUUCCCUUCACUAUAGAUAUUAGAUAAUUUAAAAGCAGGGCCAAUUCUUUACCUUUUGUUGACAAGAAUAACCUUUGAGAUAUUUUUUGAAUUGUUUACUUACUCUGUCACCAUAUUAACGGGCCAAAUGAAGAGCAGAGCAAUCUGCACAAUUUAGCAAUUUGCUAAAAAAAGAAGAGGUUAAAUUUUAUCUGAAUAUGCACCUUUGUUUGUAAAGAUUGUUGGAAAUCCCUCGCUUCACAUGCUGAGGGUAAAGAGAAGGGCGAUUUAUAAUUGAAUAACUUAAUUUAGUUAAUGUAAUUAACUCACCCUCAAGCAUACCUAUUGGUCAUCAACCAGAAGACCAUCCUCAUUCCUAGCCCAAUGGGUCUAAUGUCUGCUCUACUUCCUUCUUCUGACUGUUCAAGUUACCUUAUCUGACAAAAAAACUCUUUGGGAUGAAAUGAACCCCCUAUGUCCCUCUCAUUAGCAUGGGUCGGGCCCUUAGUCAAAGGCUGUUAAAACUGGAAGGAAUCCCCACCCUACACUUUAAAGCACCCAUGGACCUUCAAAGAUCCAAAUGCAUGAAAAGCCCCUGACCACAUUGCAACUUAUAUUCCAGCUCUAAAACCUAUCCAAUCACCGCACAAAUCUUGCACCCUUGACGUAAACCCAAUGUGUGUGGAGGUAAGAUGAAGAAGGUUAAUGAAUGAUUUCCCUCUUACCGGCUCUUAAAUAAACUUGCCAUUCGCCAUCCACUCACAUCAGCAGCCUCUGAAAAUAAUCCCUAACUUGAGCCAACAACGUUCCUUAUUGCAGCCUCAUUUGCCAGGAGGUGUACUACAGGUCUACUAUCACAAAUGUGAAAGUAGAAAAGUUUGUGACAUCUUUCACAAGUCUUCCAAUUCAUGUAUGAAAAGAUGCCACAGGCUAAAUGAUGAAUGCCACUAACCAAAAAUGAAGGCCUCGAUUUAAUAUUGUUUAAUAAGCUUUUAUUUUUUACUUUUUCUAAAUAUUUAAAUAUAUAUAUCAAAUAUUUAAAAUAUUUUUUCCUAAUAUUAAAUAAUUUUUAAAGAUUAUCAAAUAUUUUUUAAAGAUUACCAAACAAUUUAAUAUAUCCAAUAUUAAUAUAUAAAAUAAUAAUAUAUGUAUAAAUCAACUCGGUGACAUUGGGGCUUUAAGAGGGACGGAACUGAAUUGCAAGAUAAUACUGGCUGAAACAUUAGAACUGUAAUUUCUUGGCCCUACUCCUACCCUUUUUCUUUAGGGCUUGAAAAUACAGGCCGUGUUUCUGCUUGUCACAACGGUUUUGAGAGAAAAAGACAAAGGUGUGAGACUGCAGCCUCUGGGAAAGAAUGUAAACUAUAUUUUUAAUGGAUGUGGAAGAGUAAGCCAUCUGCUGGUCAUAUAACAGAAAUGUCUUUAACCAAUUUCUAUUUAUAUACAGCAUGAGAAAUCCUGCCACACAGUAAAUAAUCUUGUUCCAAAAAAGCCAGCACUUAACUUGAAUCUUAUUGAUAAGUCCUUAAUAUGUAUUGAUGAAAGUACGGAUCCCGAACUGAAACGUUGACUUAUUAUGGAUCUAUUGGAAAAGUAAAUUUAAAUUGGAACCAACCUUUAGUGCUGGCGUUUUUUUUGUAAUUUAAAAAAAAAAAAUAAUAAUUUAAAAUUAUCUUUGCAGUGCGUAGGGUUGAAACAUACUUGCCCGUGGUACCCCAACGAUAUUGAUAUUUGAUAAAAUUUCCCAUCUUCCUCUACAAUAUCACCUGGAAGCCAGUUCCCAUAAGUCGGCUUAGAACAGUAAUACAAAUAGAUUAAUAUUUACAUGUGUACAUUUUUCAGUGUGGAGAAGGGCAGUUUAAAAUUGUUUCAUGAGUUCUAUGUUGGUAAUUCUAGUCAGAGGUGUACCCAGGUUAUAUUGCACCCAGGGCGUAACAUUUAUUUUGACACCCUUUCCUGAGACCUGUAGAUUUUUUUUUUUUUAUCUCUAUGCACCAUCCCAACCACCUUUUGUUAGGGAUAUCAAACACACAUACGCACACUCAAAUGCAGACAUUUAAUAUUCACUCACUUACAUUUAUAUACAUACACAUUGACACAGACACACAUAGAUAUUUAUGAACAGACACAUACGCAAACACACACAUACGUAUAUACGUGGACAUGCACACACUUUGAUAAGCAUGUACAUACACAUUCGCAAACACACACACUCAUACACAAGCUCACGUUCAUAUAGACACGCAGACAUACACACACCCAUUCAUAGUCACACACAUUUCAUUUUCCUUUUUAUUUCAGAGGGGAAGGGUUCACAGUGAGGUUCACACAGCCUCUCUUUUCUUACCUGAAAGGUAAGAAAAGGUCCACUGGUUUGCUGCUUGAAUCACUCUGCACUUAUUGCCCUGUGCCUUUCAGUUGUUUACUAAUGUUGCGGUUGGGAGUGAUGUCACUUCUUGGCUCCAUCAUCCGUACAGGGCAUGCUAGGAAAAUGAGAAAUCAGUGCAGAGAGAUGCAGCCUGCUCCACAGCCACUGACAGAACAGUGGUAGAGCAGGCACCCCCACCAAUUAUUUGUAACUAGACCUGUAUCUGCUCUGGUAUGAUGUGGUGCUUUGUGCUCCCUGUUACAGACUGUCACAGAAACGCCCAAAUUAGUACACUUCUGAUUCUAGCUAAACAUACUGUAACUAAGGUACAUGUAAAAAAAUCUAUUUUAAUUUAAACCAAUACAAUUGGUGAAAGUUCAAUUUUUUUAGCUUAAUAGUGAUCACAAUCAUUUGGAUUUCCAAUGUUGCGAAUCACCAAAUAUUCCAAAUAUUGGAAUUUAUUAAAAAGAAUAAGCAACUUUUUUUUCCCACUAUGACAGGCAUGGUUUUCAAUUUUCCCCCUAUAUUAUUUUAUAUUUAAUUUUGACAUUGGCCUUCCCCAAAUCCAUGGAAUAUUGAUUUGGAAGAGAUUGUUAUAGAGACAUAUCAACAAAAAUUAUAUUAAACAAACCUAAAUUAAACGUGAAUCACACAUGAUAUAUGGCAAUUCCAGUAGAAUACACAAGAGACAAGGAUGUCAAGACUUUGGAACCCUAAUAAAGCCACAUCCUUUUCUUAUGCACCAUUUAUGGUGACGAAUUUGUCAACAAUCUGUAAAUUCAUUUUAAACCCUAUUUUCAUAUCAGAAAACACAGAAAUCUCUCUUAAUGCAGAUUUGAGAAUAAUUAUAAUUGUGACGAAUAACAUUAGGGCCGUUUUGGGACUGAAAUAUGAAACUGCUAAUGGCAAACAUGUAGCCAAACCACACUAGCUUCCCCUUAGUGGGAAAGGAUUGUGUAUCUAAUAAGUUAUUGACUGCUUCCAUUUAUUCCAUUUAUAUAAUUACUUGUCUUGCUUCGUGCAAUUGCUUCCACUUCACCGAUUCAGAAGAAUGCUGCACAUUAUGAAAGAAUUUAUAUAAAAAAAAAAAAAAAUUUCAGUAUGGAGAUUAGCAAGACAUUCUUCCUGUGUAUAAAAUGUUUGACAAUCUUCAGUUUCAAUUUCCUAAUCCUUUUAUUAGCAUAUGUAUGUAUGCCUCAUUUGCGAUACUAUGUAGUAUAUGCUCUUCCUUUGUCCAAGCUGUAUUUGUAUUUAAUUAAGAUAUAGGUAUAUUAUCUCAUUAUCACAACACAAUUUGGCGGUCUGGGCCUCUCUUACUCGCUUACUAAUAACGAAAUAAGUUCAAUAAAUUAUUUUUAAAUCGUAGUCCAACCUUUUUUGCAAGGACUCUCCAUUUAGAUGAUGACCUGCUUCCUUCAACAGACCUUAUUGAGGCUAGACAACCUACUCUACUGGAACACUUCUUGUAUUAUCAACCUAAGAUAUUUUAUAUAAAUUGUGCUCUCCCAUGGCAUUCUUACACAGGCAACUUAUGUCCUUUGAACAAUAUUGCUUUUAAGACGAACCAUUAGCCCAGAGUAUAUUGACCCUUUAUCAAUUGUUUUUGCUUGGGACUCACUCUGCCAUUUAAACUUAUGCUGUACUAGGAAGAUGCUCUGCAGAAGUAGUUUAUAGACAACGAGUGGAUCAAAAUGUUGAUUUUGUUGCGUAAAAUAUCAAAGAUUAAUUAUUCAAUAAAGACUAAUUGGUAUGAUACUGCUCAAAAGUUGCAUAAUGUUGUUUUGUUUUUUUCCCUUUUUAUACCAUUUCUUGGGGUUAUGUGAGGUAGUUCCCUAGUUGAAAUUACACUGAGUUUAUGUAGUUUGAUUCUUAACCCACACUGAUUCUCUUUUUGUAUUAGUUCUUAUUUUGGAGCCCUGAUCCUUGUUCUCAAAGUUGUUUUUAUCUAUUUUCUGGUCAUGCAUAUAAACUUAAAGACUGGGGAAAAAAAACAUAUAUAUUAUAAAUGGAUGCGUGUGUGUGUUUGUGUAAGAAAAUCAUAUUCUCUGUAGCAUCUAAAUGCAAAAACAACAUCGCUCAACCUGAGUUGCAUAUACAGAAUAUCAGAUUUUUAUUUAUUUAUUUUUGGUGGGGAGGGGGAAAGUAAUUUUACCUCUCAGCAUUUUGGCCCUCAAGCAAGAAGAUCUUUAUGAAAGUCAAAAUGUUGAGCAAUAAAGUUUUGUGUAGUGUACCAAAUUGUAUUCCUGAAAUAUCUAGGGACAUUUUGCUACCGAGGGUAGCUGAGGGGUGAGCUAUUCAGGGAUGUUUUGGUUGUGGGUGUUCUAUGUUGGGUAUAGUGUUUUAGGGUUCCAAUUUUCUGCAUACUGAUAUCACUCCCUGGGGUGAAUACACAUUUGGAAGUGUUUAAGUGUUGUGUUUGUGUGUCCGUAAAAGUGUAUUUGUUUCACCCUGCAUCAAGUCUUGUUUGGGGAAACUGCUAAAAGGACUAUAAUCACUCUGAAUGUCUGGGCUAUACAAGGGACUAGUGGAGAUACUCCAGCUGAGAAUGGGAGCUCCGUUACAAGCAGCAAUGUACUAACCCACAAAAGAUGACCUGUACAAUGGAUUAGGAAAGCAAGUAUGUCAGGUUAUACCACGUCCAAUUCUCCAAGUUCUACAGUUAAAUUGAAUCCUCCUUGUGCCCUUUAAAUAAUACAGAUUCUUGGUUUAUCAAUAUCAGGUGGUUGACCAGGAAAUUGCAAGUAUUUUUAGCAAUUUUUAUUUUUAAAAUAGGACUUCUCUUGUCUUCACAGGCAUGGCAGCAAUUCGGAAAAAACUGGUGAUCGUUGGUGAUGGUGCUUGUGGAAAGACCUGUCUACUGAUCGUAUUCAGCAAAGAUCAAUUCCCAGAAGUCUACGUGCCAACUGUCUUUGAAAACUAUAUCGCAGAUAUUGAAGUAGAUGGAAAACAGGUUGGUUAAGCAACAAUAAAAUAUGAUGCAGUAUUCCAACUAUUCAGGGCUAUUUCUGGCAUAUUUGGAGGUUAUAAAACCGAUAUCCUCUCAAUUUCUGAAUCAUGCCUUUAGAAUAAAUGCACAUACUGCCAAACUUGCAGACUUUUCCCUAAACCUGAACAUCUCACUGGCCUUAGACCUAGACACGAUAUCACACGCUGUUUCAUACCAAGCAUCUACGUGCCAACGCAUACACCACUUACUACACGAAGCACAGUUAUUUGACUGCUGGAGGGUCACAUACCCCUACACGAAAAAUGGCUCAUAUUACUCUCCAGUUACAGGUGGUUACUCGAGACUGGACAUGCUUUUCCUCCCACACAGAUUUCUACAUCUCGUUCAAAAUUGCAAGUACGGCCCAGUUACCUGGUCAGACCAUGAUUCCCGAUCUCUGGCCAUUCAAAUACCUUCCCUGCCAGACUGCCACACAAGUCAUUCCAAUGGAAAUUAAACUAUCUUCUAAUUAAACAAUCCAUCCUUGAAAAUUCUACCCCCACAAUGUCCCCUACCAUCACCUGGGAGGCACACAAAUGCAUACUAAAAGGUGAAAUCAUAGCAAUAGCCUCUAAACAGAAACAAACUAAGGGAACAACAGAUAUCCACACUUAGGAAAUAAGAACUCUGGAAACCGUACAAAAACAUUACAACUCUAUAGAUCUCUACUGAAAACUGAUAGAUAAAAUAUCCACUUUACAGCAACUAUUAAAUGUCACUAUCAAACUCAAAUUAAUGGUUAGUAAAUAUUCCCACUAUACCCAGGGAGGUAAACGUGGCCACCUUUUGGCACACUCACUAAAGCAAACCACAUUUAUAGCUAAAAUCAAGAAGUCAUCAGAACACAUAACGCACAUGCUCCCAGAUAUUAUGGAGGCAUUCCAUGAUUUCUAUUAUAAAUUGUACCACUUACGAGAAACCUCCAGAGAAUUUAUAGAGCAAUUUUUGGCUGAUAUAAUAUAACCAAUAUUGGACAGGGAAAAAUAGGUAUAUAUUCUUCUUUAUACAAUACUCUACCAUAUAAUGGUCUCUUGUGUUGAAAGUUGUCUUGAGGUCUACAUAGGGUAAAUGAUAAGAAACAUAGUGUUCUCUGUAAACACUUUAUUGGUAGUAAUAACAGUUAAAACCACUUACAAACUCCCAGAAAUCACAGGCGUGUGGUAUGGGUGCAGGAAUUCUACUGUCAGAUGGUAUGAACAAUGUGGUCCCUUUGAUAAAUUCACUCUCGCCGGCUUGAAAGGAAAGUACCGUCGCGUGCGUUCCACCAGGAAAAGCUCUACUGCAUUCCACUCAGAUCCUCCUCCAAAGGAGUAACUGUUAGGUACACUUGCCUUAUGCGUUUUGUGACUAAUCAACGUCCCUUGAUCAGAGGCUACUGGCUAGAUCGAUCUUGAUAUGAUUAAUUUAUAGCCUAUUGUGGUGGCCACCCUGAGAGGAGUGGGAGUUUCGCCGCCAGAGAUGUUGACCGACUGCACACAAGGCUCCUGCCCAAAAGAGUUCUAUGAAAUCAGAAUGAACAUAGCCACGAACCGUUACAUUCUGUACUUUUGUUGUAUUUUGUACUCCCGAAUGAGACCGACUGCACAGCCUAUGUCCCACGUUCAAGAGCUUAUUCCAACCGAACGCUGUUCAAUUCUCACCCGUUGAACUUUGAUGGAAGUUGAAGUUCUAGCAGUGUUCGUGGCGUUGAGUGCCUGAUUUGAGUUCCAUGCACUCGACGACCAAACACUGCUGUUUGCGUUCACUGCUAUAGAUGGCUGCCGCCACGUGGUUAUCCAUACGAACGACGGCCACCCAGCUGUUCGGUAGUUUGUUUGGUAUUCAAAUCAAAUGGGUCUCGGAUGUUUGGUGAAUCCCAUAUACCGAACUCCCCAGUGUAACCAAUAAGCAGAAAUUAACAGUACGAUAAUCCAGGGAUAGAAAAUCUGUCACACCCAUAAUCCACUGUAAAAAAAAACUGUUAAUCAAUUCAUUUGACAUCCAUCUUUUGAUAGUUCAUAUUUAGAAUGCAUGACAGAAAAGUGAAUAAACAUUCUUCUUAUAACAAUUUUGCAACUCAUACAUUUGAAUAAAAAAUAGUAAAAUAAAUAAACCUGGAUAAACAUUAAAAGUGUAGACCAAUAACACAAGAAGCUAAUUUGGAUAAAAGAAGUGAAAGUAUUAGUCCAUUGAAAAAAUGAAUAAUGAUUGAAAGAAUAAAAAGUGACAUAUCUCAAGAAUGGGUUACUAAAUUAAUUUGAAUAGAAAUUCUCCGCUUAAAAAGAUAUCUAUUCUAAAACGACAUAUCAAUGUGUGAAUUUUUUGUUCCCAAUUACUCUUGAAUGAACAUUUAUAAAUGGAUAUGUAUAUCAAAACUUAGUAGUGUCGGUUCGUAAAUUUAAUGGAUACAUAUAAAAUGCGAACCUGGCAGUGAAAAAAUGCCUAACGCAAAGAAUGUAGAUGAAACUACAGAGGGGUAUUCGUAUAUAUCGAAGUAUUCAUGAUGAAUAAAUGAAGAAUAGUCGUAUAAAGUUGGAGUAUAGUGACUACUUGGAGCCACGCUAUAUUCCAACUUUAUACAACUAUCCUUCACAGCAAGCCCAUCUCUCAAUAUAACUACACCAGAUAAUACACACAAUCCAACCCCUAUUUUGUUUUUUCCCUUUGGGUGUUAGUUGGCCUUAUCUUUGAGUUUCACCUAUGGACUCUCACGGACUAAGGCCCACAUUGAUUGGAUAGAUCUUCUUUUUUGGAUUUUUAUCCUGACCAUCAUGGCAUUUGCAAGUUGCACCUUUUUAUAUCUUUCUCUGCUAAUUCCCCAAUUCUUUGCUUUCCAUAUGUGUUAAUUCAUGUGGUUAUUGUAGGUGGAACUGGCUCUGUGGGACACAGCUGGGCAGGAGGAUUAUGACAGACUGCGCCCCCUCUCCUACCCUGACACUGAUGUCAUCUUGAUGUGUUUCUCCAUUGAUAGCCCAGACAGUUUAGGUAAGAACCCUUCUUCUGUGCCUGUGUGUGUAAUUUUAAAUGUAUUUUGUAAUAUACAAUUUAAGACCAUCUAUUUUUUUUAAAUAAAUUAAUUAAUACUAAUAUAGUUUUACUAAACUGUACAUUGGAAAUUACUUUAUAGAAUAAACAGCAGUGCUGGAAACGGUUCUUAAGCUCUUCUGAUCAUCAUUUUUAAUAUGACGGACACAUAAUCACUAGACUACAUUUGUGAUGAAAGUCCCAACAUUGACCUAUACAUGGAUAUGUACAUAUGAUUCUCUCAUACAGUCAUGAUUUAAUUUAUUUUUCUUCUUUUUUUACUUCUUUAGAAGUCUCUUUCUGUCCUCUUUUCUGAUGCACCCCUCAGGAUCUCUAUGUACUCAUCUCUCUCUCUUUUCUUUAAACCGCCACUUGUUUCUCAACCAAGGGUAUUUUGAGUUUUAUUGUUCUUUAACAUAGAAUGUGACGGCAGAUAAGAACCAUUCGGCCCAUCUAGUCUGCCCAAUAUUUCAAAAUACUUUUAAUUAGUCCCUGGCCUUAUCUUAAGUCUAAGAUAGCCUAGCACUGUAAGUACCAUAAUCACUACAGAUUAUUGUAGUGGUUAUGGUCUGUGGAACAGGGUUACCCACCAUCUGCUCUCUUCACCAAAGUUGACAGGCUAAUAAUUUGUAGUGGUUAUGAGGUUUAGAGUGCAAUUUUAAUAUUGACAGUCCUCCAAUAUUUUAACCAGUAUUUGUCAUAAUGCCAUACUCCAUCCCUCUUUCAUUUUCCAUGCAAUUCCAUGGAUAUACUUUUCGUGGCUUUUAUACAAUAUUAUGUAAAAAAAAUUAAUAAAAUAAGAUAAAAUGUGUAUCUUGUAAUACCGUUUUUUAUUGUACCAACAUUUUUUAAUGACAAUACAUUAAUAUAAUAUUAUGGUAGACGUAUAUGGCCACUUAGCAAUGGUUCCCAAGCUUGUCACUAAAGUUUACUAGCGCCCUCUGACAUCUUCAAUGUAAAACCCCCAAUAAAGUUUGCAGUGUUCCUAGAUUUGCAGUGUCUCAUUUUCAACUUUUCAAGAGGAAUAAUCUACACAAAAAGCGUAUUUAAAUUGUAUUUUGCUCCUGCAAGAAGCCAGGACAGUCAAUCAAUUAAUGUUCUGGCCUAUAUUUUCCUGUAGAGAACAUUCCUGAAAAAUGGACCCCAGAAGUGAAACAUUUUUGUCCCAAUGUUCCAAUCAUCCUGGUUGGUAACAAGAAGGAUCUGAGAAAUGAUGAGCACACCCGACGGGAACUCACAAAGAUGAAACAGGUUACUUCUUGCACUGCUCUGAGCAUUGACAUUACAAUGUUACGAUUACACAGUGGAAUAUGAUUUUAUUAUAUAUAGAUUUUAAAACAAUUUAAUUUUAAUGAGCAAAUUAAGGUGAAGUGAAACAAGUAGAGUGCUAAUCUGUGGCCUAGUGCUAAAUAACAGACACAAAAGUGGAGAGCAAGCAGGAGAAAAGUAGGAAUAAGUAAAUUAUCCUAAUAGUGAGUUUCCCUCUCUCUGGAGAGAAACAGAAUGUGAAGAAUAUAGUAACUAAUUCCCAAUUUCCCAAGAUUAUAAAACUUCGCUUUUAAUAUGGAACUAAAGAAAAUAACGGUUAGUCAGGUAACCCACCAAACUUAAUGUGUUAAAAAACGGCAGCUAUAGGCUACAAUGCUGUACAGUAAAUGUACUAUUGCCAACUUUAGUGUGCUCCUAAUAAUAAUGCAGUUUUGUAUGACCGAUUCAAAUGCUGUGAAUACUCCAAACUGUUAAAUCAGCUAAACAAUACCUGCUGAAGAUUGUUGUAGAAUUUAAUGUUGUACAGCAGUGUAACAAGUGUUUAUAUUAUUAUAUUCACACCCUAAGAUUACUUUUGCUGAAAGUUAUAGUUACUUUUGUGAACAACUCGAUGUGCCUUUAGCUAGACUCUUAAAGGUAGGAAAGGAUUUCUCUGCUGAGUAGCCUACAUACGAGCUUUAUAAUCUCCUAUGGUUAGAACAAUAUGCCACUGAAACAGUAAAUAGUGAUGAAGGUGUUAAUAGAUGAGCAUGGAGCACAAACUGACAGACCGUUGUUGCUACACUGUUGUAAGAUAUAUUGUAGCAAUAAAGUGUCUAAUUGAGCUCUUGCGAUUAAUCCAAAUCCCCAGAGUUUAGUUAUUUCAACCCUGCAGACUGCGAUCUAUUUGUCUGUUAGUAAGAACGUACGGAGAAAAUUCCUGCAACCUAAUAGCGUUACUGAAGCUGAAUGACAGAGUCAGUUUAUCGGGAGGGUGAGUAACUAGCAGGAUAAAUUGUCACUCACAGGCUUUAGUAGAGAAAUAUGGUGCUGCCUAUAACUGUAAUUACUUUAUCAGUGAAAAUGCCUAAGUGGCCAGUGAUUUAGCAGACACUCGGUCCAAUCAAUAGUAAAGGGGGGGGUAGAGGGGGAGAGAGAGAGGGAUACAGUCUGAGUAUAGAUUAGGAAAGGCAGGGGGAGCUGUUUGCCUGUCACUUACAUCCCUAGCCUCUCGUUCUGCCGUAAUCGUAGCCCUAUUCCUAUUAAAAACGGGGGGACAGAGAUAUGCACUGAUGGUUCAGUGAGUGAAGGAUAACGCCAGGUAAGAGCCCCUGACGUGCGUUUUGCCACUCCGGCUCUUCUGAACAGACGUGUUCAGAAAUUAGAAUAAAAUUCCUGGCAAUCAUCGAAUGAAUAGAUUAUAAAAAAUGUGGUUGGUUUACACACAAAAAAAAAUCAGAAUCAUCUGAAUAAUCAUCUUUUUUAAAAGGAUUUUAAUUUGUAUGAUUCUAAUUUGGCUCAUUUGUGAACUAACCAAAUUUUUGGAAUUGACUUAAACGGUUGCCAGUAAUUUUAUUCUGGCAAAUCACUUAAAGCUAAUCUUUGCAAGUCUGCUAAAUAAAAAACAAUCAAUGUGAGACUAUUAGAAUGUCUUUAAAAGUUAGCACUUUGCCUUUGCAAUUGCACAUUUUGCAUGGAUAUUCUCCUAAUUUAAUUUAAUUUGGUGCUCCAUGCUUUAUUCCAACCUUGUUUUCUAUUGUCUUUCAAAUGUCUUCUUCUAAAGUUGUCUACUGUCUUUACAGGAGCCAGUUAAACCAGAAGAUGGAAGAGAAAUGGCCAACAGAAUCAAUGCUUUUGGUUACCUUGAAUGUUCUGCCAAGACCAAGGAUGGAGUGCGAGAGGUCUUUGAAAUGGCCACACGGGCUGCCUUACAAGUCCGGAAACACAGGAAGAAGCCUCGUUGCUCUGUCCUUUAAGAAAUAUUCUACAGCCUUCGAGGAAGACCAAGAGAAGAUCAAAGUGGUUAGCUUGUUUUUGCUACUGCACAGCCAGCUAUCUGAUGCCAGAGACUUCAGUAGCAAAGAGCUAUAUCCACCAUCUGUACUGUAACUGUCUGUAUCCAUGUUAUGUUAUAUUGAUUCCACCACCUAUUGAUCUAUUCAGCACGUUUGAGGUUGUGAAAGCUUUGGGAUGCUGCAUUAGAGGAAAUAUUGAAUGUAUGUGCCUCCCUGCUCUGCCUUCAAAUCUCAACUUGUUGUUUUGUUUUGUUUUUUUCUUUCAUUUGUUGUUUUAGAAUUAAUAAGCACAUGUGGGAUUCUGGGAGAUUUUCUCUGUGCCAUAAUCAGACUUUUUAUGUCAGAAUAUUUUAGACCUAAUCCAGUUUCUUGGGAAAUUCUGUUUCACCCCGACCUGUAAUGAAUAACCUACUCUGCCAUUUGCGAUCUUUUAGGCCGUGUGGGAGCUAGACUUUCCCAAGCCUUUGAGUGUAAAACUGAGAGUAAAUUAUUCCUACACAGCACAAUAUGAUCUACAAGCAAGUUGCACUAUCACAUUUCUCACGUCAUGACAUCUACAUAGCAUAGUACGGAGUACUUUAUAUCCAGCAGCUGCCAAUGUCACAAACCAAUUAAAGUUAGGGAUGUUCAUGCCAAAAGCAGAUUGAAAUUUUUAUUUUGUGAUCAAUACUGCUGUGAGAUGAACUUAAGUGUGGCCAUUUAUUUGACCUUUAGAGAUUUGGUUUAGAAGAAAUAAAUACAAAAAAUGGGUUUGGGGUGUCUUCUUAUUUUUUUUUUUGUAUGAUGAAGCUGAUUUUUUCUUUAAAUUUUAUUUAGUAUAUUUUUUUGUUUGUACUACAUUUUAGUUCAUUAUCUAAAACAAACUGUUCAGGUUAAUAGAGGCCAAUCAAGCUGAUUGAGCUCAAGUCUGACAGUAGUGACUGUUGAGAGUGGCACUACAACAGCAACGCUAUGUGCAAAUUCUUAAAAAAAAAAGUCAGAAGCUAUUAUUAUCACUUUUAUUAUAUUGCCUCUUGAAUAAGAAUCUGAUUUACCAAGGAGCUACCAGUAAAUCUAAAGGUUGUGUAGGUUGCUAAAACAUCUCUCCUCUUAUUUGUCUAAACAGACAAAUAAGAGGAGAGAUGUUUCAGUGGUAAUAUGGGAAUGUUUCCAUUCAAGUUCUCCUUGAUAUGCUACUGUAAUUUCAAAGAUGGAGAAUCAUUGGCUUAAUAUGGAUCUCUGCCUUAUGUGCAAUAUCUGCAGCACUUGCAUGUUAGCAUUACUUUUCCAAUGAUAAACCAGGGACAACAAAUCACUUGAGUCCACUGUCUCUAAACCUUUGAGAUGGAGUUAGUUCUGCCAAACUCUUGCACAAACAUGACAUUCAGAACCCACAACAAAACAGCACAAGGGGUUUAUAAGAUCAAAAUGUAAUAUUAGAAGAAAAAAAAGCACAUAUUUAAGAAUGCGGUGUCUAAUGCUCUUCCAGGUCUGGAUUUUUGGAUAUAUUCUUGGACACCAGUAGAGCUGGUAAAGUGGUCAAUAUACAUUUUCUGAUUUUAUUUUUUUUCUUCAUUAUUUCCCUACUUCUCUUAAGAAGAAUCUCAUAACCCACAACACUGCUUUAGAAUGCACACACAUACCAGCAUUUUGAUAAUCUAAGUAACCAACUUGCUGAACCUAUCUGUCUGUGCUUUGUCUACUGAAAACUUGUUCUCUUGCUUUGUACAGCAAUCUCCAUACUAGCUUUAUCUCAUUUCAAGACCAUUAGCUUGUGUCCCACACCUUUGCCUUUUAAAUUCCUUUAUAGAAAUAAAGCCUAUAACUGUAAGAUUUUUGUCUUUUGUUUUGUAUCCUGUUCUUUGCCUGACUGCCUGUAAAAGUUGAAAUUUGACACGUGACUUUUCAAAUGUAAAAUAACAAUAAACAUGUACAAUGAGAAAAUAAAUACAAAUUGGUAUUUUAAUGGAAUUUUCUUGGGGAAUAUCUUAUAUCUACUGACCAUUCUUGUUUUAGCUUUCGCCUAAAAUCUUUUGUUAUUGAUUUGAAUGUUUCAUGGACUGAUUACUCUGCUUAGAAAUUUAAAGGGACACUGUAGGCUCUAUAACCACUUAAUCUCCUUGAAUUGGUUAUAGCACCUAAGGUCCACUAGCACUGUCCUUCUGAGCAAUUUAACACUGACCGUAAUUGGGUGAAGGCUAACACUUUCCGCCAAUCACUAGCGCCCAUUGCAGCUCAGGUGAAUGCUUCUUCAUUACCCCAAGCAGCACAGAAGGGCCUGGCUACUGGGGGUCUCAUUGAGCACUGACAGACAGACAUUAGAAGUACUUUAUCAUCAAAGACAUUACAGUUGUGCUCAAAAGUUUGCAUACCCUUGGAGAAUUGGUAAUAUAUGUAAACAUUUUUAAAGAAAACAUGAAUGACCAGGCGAAACACAUUUCUUUAAUUUCUUAUGGGAUUCAUAUUCAGCUGUAGGUUAUAAUAGAAUGGCACAUUAAAGGCUUCUUUCUCGCAGCUCAUCUUGGUUCAAGUAUUGUCGUAUUGUGCUCCUUGAAACAACCACGCCAUCUUUUUCCAGAGCAGCCUGUAUUUCUCCUGAGGUUACCUGUGGGUUUUUCUUUGUAUCCAUAACAAUUCUUCUGGCAGUUGUGGCUGGAAUCUUUCUUGGUCUACCUGACCUUGGCUUGCUAUCAAGAGAUCCCUGAAUUUUCUACUUCUUAAUAAGUGAUUGAACUGCAUUUUCAAGGCUUUUGAUGUCUUUUUAUAUCUUUAUAAAGUUACAUUACCUUGUUACGCAGGUCUUUUGACCGUUCUUUUCUGCUCCCCAUGGCUCAGUAUCUAGCCUGCUCAGUGCAACCACAAGAGAGCUAACAAACUCAUUGACUAUUUAUACACAGACAAUAAUUGCAACUUAACCCACAGGUGUGGGAAAUUAACCUUUAAUUGCCAUUUUAACGUGUGUGUGUGUGUGUCUGUAACAAGGCCAAAUAUUGAAGGGUAUGUCAACGUUUGAUCAGGGCCAUUUGGGUGAUUUCUGUUAUGAUUUAAAAAGGAGGGUUGUGUCCUACUUUUGGGGACACCAGGAAACCUUCCCAAAAAAGCAUAUUUUAAUCGAAUCAUUAGAUGCAGGCCAUAGGAACCCAGAGAGCACUGACACAACACUAACUGCAUGGUCCUCUAUCAGUGUGCUGGUAUAUGUGAUUGUCAGGCAGCCUGAAGUGCAUUCACACAAGGCUGAUCUGCCAAUUCUUUGGACAAACAGACCCAUUGCCGAGUGAAGUGCAUAACUGGCUUGCCAACUUUUACCUCGCCCACCGGAAUCCCACUUCUCAGGAUGCCAAAGGUGGGUGUUUGGCAUUCUGCCAAUUUGUUGCCAUUCAAUCAUAAAUCUUGAACAUUUGAGGACAUUUAUAAUGCAUAAUCAGGUUUUAAAAGGAAAUGCCUCUAGACGCAGUCAGUCUGACAACCAAUAGAGGCAUGUUCUCUGACCAAUCUAAAGUUUGAGAAGAUGAUGUAGUGGGUUUGGUG